AUGGCGGGUCAAACCCUAUUGUUUUUGCUGCUUUUGGUGAUUAUAGGCCAUGUGAGUCCUCUGACAACAAGUGUGACACCAGGUCCUGUGACAUCAGGUACCCUCUAUCCAAUAUCUGGAACAACAAGUGCUCGUUCAGACGAUGGAAGUUCUCCUCUUAUUGUCCUACAGCGUGCUUUCCUGUUUUUUGGACAGUCAUAUAAUCAGAUUUAUGUAAACCACAAUGGGCAUCUGACCUUUGACGCACCAUGGUAUAGCUACACCCCGCAACUGUUUCCAAUGUAUGGAUCCAGAGACAUCAUCGCUCCAUUCUGGACAGAUUUAGACAACAGAGGAAAUGGUCAGAUCUACUACAACCAAUACACCAGUGGCAGUGUUCUCCAGCAAGCUACACAGGACAUUAAUCAAUACUUUCCAGGACUCAAUUUUAAUGCAAACUGGGUCUUUGUUGCAACUUGGUAUCAGGUUGCCUAUUUUCCAACGAGUGGAACACAAACAACAGUCCAAGCUGUCCUGAUAUCGGGUGGCCAGUACUCAUUUGUGUUGAUGAACUAUGGGCAAAUAGCCUACACAGCAUAUUCUAUACAGGCUGGAUAUGACACAGUCAAUUCUGUUCACCAUUUUUCCAUCCCUGGAUCAUUCUCAGGAAACGCAACAGGACAGUUCUCAAAUUUCCGUCUCAGCAGCAAUGUCCAUGUGCCCGGUCGCUGGGCCUUCAGGACAGACCAUGGAUCAAGAGGCUGUACUUUCAACAGUUUACCAGUGCAGCUUGGUGAUUCCUUCUGGAGUGACAGGACCUGUGCACAGAAGUGCACAUGCACCUCAGCAGGCCUGCAGUGCCGCAACCAGCCGUGCUCCUUUUCACAGAUCUGCCAGCAAACUUCCUUCCAGUUUUCUUGCCAGACAGUGCAGAGACGCACUUGCACCAUAAGUGGUGAUCCCCAUUACUACACCUUUGAUAACCGAGUGUUCCACUUUCAGGGCACUUGCACCUAUGUUCUCUCUGAGCAAUGUAAUAGUGGACUGCCCUACUACAGAGUAGAAGGCAAAAAUGAGCACAGAGGCAGUACUCAAGUCUCUUGGACACGACUGGUAAAAGUGCAUGUCUACAAUGACACAAUUGAGCUUGUCAAAGGACGUCGUGGUCAGGCAAAGGUUAAUGGGAACUUUGCAUCCACUCCAUUCUCCCUUAGCAAUGGCACCGUGCAAGUUUAUGAGUCAGGUUUUUCUGUGGUCGUCAGCACUGACUUUGGUUUAGUGGUGUCUUAUGACACAAAUCAUUAUGUCCAGAUCAGCUUGACCUACACUUAUCAGAAUACAACAUGCGGUCUUUGUGGAAACUUCAACAAUCAACCUCAAGAUGACUUUCGCACACGCCAGGGCCAGCUUGUGAGCUCUGAUGUGGUUUUUGCUAACAGCUGGAGAGCAUCAGGGGAUGAUGAGCCUGGUUGUGAGGCACAGUGUGGAGGUCUGGCCUGUGCUGGCUGCACUGCACAACAGACAGCAUUGUACAGCAACACUGACCACUGUGGUAUCCUCAGCAGUAGUUCUGGACCUUUUGCUGCUUGCCAUCAGCAACUUCCUCCACAGUCCUUUGCGGACAGUUGUCUGUAUGAUCUGUGUGUAGGAGGAGGGUACCAACCUAUUCUCUGUCAAGCCUUAAGUGUGUAUGCAAGUCAGUGUCAACAAAAUAAUAUUCGGCUGCAAAGCUGGAGGAGAACCGGCUUUUGUGAAAUUCCAUGCCCAGCCAACAGCCACUUUGAGUCUGAAGGCACAGGAUGUCCAGCUACUUGUCUCAAUCCCAACUCCACCCACAACUGUCCUCUCCCUGUGCAAGAAAGCUGCAUCUGUGAUUCAGGCUACAUCCUCAGUGGUGGGGUCUGCGUCCCUCAUGCCGAGUGUGGCUGCAGCUUUGAGGGCCGUUACUACCGCUCUGGACAAACUGUAAUACUAGAUGAAAACUGUGGGAGACGUUGUAGCUGCAGUUAUGGCUCCAUGACUUGCCACUCUCAUGGUUGUGGGCCAUUUGAAUCAUGCAGGGUGGAGGAUGGAGAAAGAGGAUGCAGACCAAAUAGCUAUGAAACAUGCUGGAUCAGAGGCCCAGGGUCAUAUCAGACAUUUGAUGGACUGACAUACCAAUAUCCUGGGGCGUGUCAAUUGACACUUGCCAAAGUUAUGGGACUGUCCAGUCACCCAAACUUCACGGUGACAGCAGAAAAAGUGCCAAGAAACCAGCAAGGCUUUUCCAAUGUGCUAAAGUUUGAGGCAGAGGGGACACAGGUCUCAAUUGAGAUGGAAAUAAACGGCAAAGUUCAGGUGGCUGGUCAGGUGAUCAGGCUGCCUUUCAGUGCUGGGUCCAAUGGAAUCCAAAUUUUCUACAGCAACCUGCGCAGUGUCAUCAUUCGCACCUCCUUUGGUGUAACUGUGCAGACAGUCUGGCCUCACUUUGUCCGUGUCACUGCUCCUGGUGUCUACAGCGGUUCACUGGGUGGACUCUGUGGUAACUACAAUGGUCGUCCGCAUGAUGACUUCCGCACACCCAACGGUGUCCUGGUCAACAGUUCUCAGGACUUUGGAGACAGCUGGCGAGUUGGCUCUCUGGCUGCUCACUGUGUGGAAAGCAGAGGUCAUGAUCCUAGGACCGAUUUUAAUUCUAGUCAGUACUGUGGCAUUCUCAGAUCACCAGAUGGGCCAUUUGUACCCUGUUGGUCUGUGGUUGACCCAAGGCAUCAGGUGGAUGUAUGUGUGGAGAUCAUGAGGGGCUCUAACAAUCCAGCAUCAACUCUGUGUGACGUCCUACGAGAUUAUGCACUAAUGUGUCAACAGAAGGGUGUUGCCUUAGGACAAUGGAGAAAUGCAACUGGCUGUGCACUAACCUGCCCAUCAAACAGCCAUUAUGAACUCUGUGGAACCUCUUGUCCUUCUGCUUGCCCCAGCCUCUCUUUCCCCUUCACCUGUGAUAGUGUGUGCCAGGAGGGCUGUCAGUGUAACAGUGGUUUUAUCCUCAAUGGUGACCAGUGUGUUCCACCAACAUCUUGUGGAUGCUAUCAUCAAGGACGCUAUCGCGAAAGUGGUGAGCAGUUCUGGGAUGGUGAACAAUGUCAGAGCUUGUGUACCUGUAACGGAAAUACAGGGAACGUCCACUGUACUCCCAACUCCUGUGGGCCCCAGGAGUCCUGCCGUGUGGUGGAGGGCGGGUUUGGCUGCCAUCCCAACCCUUCUGCCACGUGCUCUGCCUCUGGAGACCCUCACUAUUUCACCUUUGAUCGUAAGGCCUAUGACUUCCAAGGAACAUGUCGCUAUGUUCUGGUGACCCUUUGUAAUGCCACUGAUGAGCUGAAUCAGUUUUCUGUGGAAGCUAAGAAUGAGGCAUUGAAUGGGUUGCCAGUUUCAGUCACAGCAGAAGUUUUCGUGAAUGUGUGGGGCUAUCAUGUGCACAUGUCAAGAUACAACAGGGGUAUGGUAGAGGUAAAUGGAAUAACACAGAAUGUACCAAUUCUCUUGAAUGGAAGUCGAGUAUCUAUCUUUGCCAGUGGAUCUCGAACAAUUGUCCGCACUGAUUUUGGCUUAAGCGUCAUAUACGAUGGAUGGAGUACAGUUUCUAUCACUGUGCCUCCAAAUUACAGGGGAAAAACAUGUGGACUUUGUGGAAACUUCAAUGGAAAUUCAAAUGAUGACUUCUACACCCCAUCUGGAAUAACAGUCGCAUCUCCAGAUGAGUUUGGGAGAGCCUGGAAGGUCCCAGGAAACUACACCUGCAGUGAUGGAUGCGGCUCAUCAUGUCCGAGAUGUCCCAAUGAACAGCCCGCUAGAGCUCAAUGUGAGGUGAUCCAGGCAGCUGAUGGCCCCUUCAGUUUCUGCCACGAGGAGGUGGACCGUGCACCAUAUUUCAACGACUGUGUGUUUGACGUGUGUGUGGCAGGAAAUCGAGGUCAUGACCUCCUUUGCAGGGCUCUUGAAACAUAUGUUAGAGCCUGUCAGUCUGCUAAUGUUCGAAUCUACCCUUGGAGACAAAAUACCACCUGCGCACUGGACUGUCCAGCCAACAGCCAUUAUGAGCUGUGUGGUACUGACUGUGGCCACACCUGUGCCAGCAGUAAUGAUACCACCUGUGAACGGGCUUGCUCUGAGGGAUGUUUCUGUGACGAAGGCUACCGCAGGAGUGGAACCAGUUGUGUCCCAGUGGAACGCUGUGGCUGCCAGUAUAAUGGAUUCUACUAUAAUGCUGGCGAGUCCUUCUGGACAGACGGUUGCUCACAGAGAUGUGAAUGUCACGCUCCAAAUGACCUGCGAUGUUCUGCCUCGUCUUGCACUCCUGCACAACAGUGCUCCAUCAGAGACGGCCAGCUGGGCUGUUACGAUGCCAUGUCCACCUGCACAGUGUGGGGGGAUCCACACUACAUCACCUUUGAUGGAGCAGUGGCUCAUUUCCAGGGAACUUGCUCCUACAUCAUCACUGAGAGCACAAACCAUGGCACCAAUGAAACCCAGUUUCAGGUGAUAGCCACCAACAAUCACCGUGGAAACAACCGUGUGUCAUUUGUGUCUGCAGUGGACAUAUACCUCUCAAAUCAUCCAGAAAGUGUGCACAUCAGGAUCGGACCCAAUAAAAGAGUAACGGUAAAUAGUGGAGAAGUGUCUCUUCCCACCUCUGCAAGAACUUUAGCUCAGGUGGUAAGGGAAGGCAGCUACAUAGUUGUCGAUGCACUUGACCUGGCGGUCCAGUUUGAUGGCCAGAGUACUUUGUUGGUAAGAAUCGCCCAAAACCGUCAAAACAGAGUCACAGGUAUGUGUGGAAACUUCAAUGGCGACUCUGGGGAUGACAAAGUCUCACCCAAUGGCACACUGGCACAAAAUGACAAUGACUUUGGACAGAGCUGGAAGUCAACAAGAAGCCAACCAGGAUGUGGGUCUACUGAUCAAAGAAGUGGUGAUGGACUGAAUGACUGCACCUUUAGAGAAGAAUACUCCCAACUCUGCAGUGUCAUCACCAACACCACCGGUCCAUUCAGAGCCUGUCACCUGCACUCUGACCCCGAGCCAUUUUUCACUUCCUGUGUCUAUGACCUCUGCCUCUACACUCCAGCCAAUGGCAUGCUGUGUUCUGCUGUCUCAGCCUAUGAGAAAACCUGCUCUGUUCUAGGGCUAGACAUCCCUGACUGGCGCUCUGGUUUACUGUGUGAGGAGUCAGACCCAUGUGAACAGCUGGACUGCACAGAGUACGAGUGGUGUGGUAAGAAGGACGGUGUCUAUGGCUGCUUCUGUGAUGAACACCAUGACCGAGGCAACAGUGAAAGCUAUGACUCAACCAUCACUUGUGCCAGUAGUUCAGGCACCAUGUCCGUGUCCCGUUGUCAGCUAUUUGAGGCUGGCUUUCACUCUGAUGCCCUCCAUCUCCGAGAUGAAUCCUGCAAUGGGACUCUUGAGUAUGGUCGACUGGUUUUCCACUUUGACAAUGACAACCAUCUGUGUGGGACAGCACUCAGGAGCAACGGAACACAUUUCAUGUAUGAGAACAUCGUCCAGGGUUUUGUGGAUCCUCAUGGAAGUCUUAUCAGCCGCCAGAGGAGCAUCAAUCUGCGUUUCUGCUGCGAAUACCCCCUGAAUCAGGCCCUGUCUAUGGCUGUGGGCAUCAAUCCUGUAGAAAGCAUCAUUAGGAAGAAGAUUGCAACCGGUCAAGGACAGUACAGCAUGAGAAUGAUCCCCUUCCAGGACCCUGGCUUCCGCUUCCCCUUCAGCAGUGACACAAACAUACAAAUGGAAAUAGAUCAGAGGUUAUAUGUGGCGGUGAGAACAGAAGGAGUGGAUCAAAGCCAGAUCUCCACUAUUUUGGACUCCUGCUGGGCCACACCAGUCAACAUGCCAAACUACCCCGUCCGCUGGGAUCUUAUUACUGCAGAGUGUCCCAAUGAAGCCGAUGGAACGGUAGAGCUGAUUCAGAACGGCAUCUCUACUGAGGCCCGAUUCUCCUUCAGGAUGUUCACUUUUACCAACUAUUCAUCCAUUUACCUUCACUGCAAUGUCCACCUGUGUCUUUUGAGACACAACAAUUGCACAGCUCGCUGUUACCCGGGUUACCACAGGCGAGUUCGGAGGGAUGCAUCCUUCCAUGACACUUCAUCCAUCUCACUUGGACCGCUUGUUUCAAGGCCAGGUAGCAGAGACCCAGUGAUGCAAUUAAACAGUGGCCAAAGCCAGGUGACACCUCUGCUGGCCCUGCUGGCCAGUUUGAUCCUAGCCAGCAUGCUGGUAACCCUGCUGGUCAAACGGUUUGCUCCCAAAAUUCCAGUCUAGAAACUGCCAAAACUCUGGAGAUCAAAAAUGAUCCAUAUUUUGAAAAUCAUUCAUUAUUCAGUCACUUCUAAAUGGUAUUUUUCAUCGGAGUGUUGUCUUUGUCUUUCUUGAGGAGUGUUUCUUUAGUUGUGGUAAGGUUUGCAGUAAGUUGGCUUUAAAUCUAAAUGGGAUAAAAUAUGUGUGAUAUUAAAGUUUUAACCUUGUUGCAUUCACUGUUUGUUGAUAAGAUUAACUUGUUCUUGGUUUCUGUGUGAGAUUUUUAUAAUUAAAUCUACAUCAUAAUUAAAAAUAAUGUAUAAUCAAGGGCAAAUCAAGGAUUAAAUAAAGUAUUUAGUGCACAUAUACUUGUCUCUCAGAAACGCAACCAACACUACUUUGGAUUUACAAAAUAAAGUGAUAGUACAAAGUGAAGUACAAUAAACUGGGUACCUACUGUUUGAGCUACAAUUUAAUAUCAUAACAUGAUUACUAUUUUUGCUUCGUUUUAUCAGUUGAAAUAAAAGUUAAUG